AUGUCAGAACACCACGGGAAAGGGAAAGGCUAUCGCGGUGGUAAAGGGAAGGGUGGCGGACGAGGAGGAGACCAUCGUCGUAGUUCUAUAAGGCCUUCUGUGAUCGACCUAGAACGGUUAAUGCAUCAACGUGUUACUGUCAAGCUCACAGGAGGACGUGAAGUUAGUGGUGUUUUGAAGGGCUUCGAUCCAGUCCCAAAUCUCGUUCUUGAUGAGAGCAUCGAGUACCUGAGAGAUCCAGAAGACCCGUACAAGCCAUCGGGGAAGACCCGAAACUUGGGUUUGCUAGUAGCACGAGGCACGUCGGUGGUGCUGGUGUGCCCAACCGCGGGUGUUGCUGAGAUCGACAAUCCCUUCACGGAAGUACCUUCCGAGUAGUCGACUGUGCACACACACAUUUCCUCACGU